ACAUGAUUUAGUUAACAUGAAGGCCUGAAAAGGAGAGAAAUUAUUUAGAAAUGAAAGGAUAUAUUUGUUUGGAAGUACGCAUGCUCUACUACAUUUCAGAGGGAAAUAUUGUACUUUGUACUGGACUAUAUUUAUUUGACAGAUGUAGUUACUAGUUAGUUAACAGAUCAAAGAGACAUCUCCCCUCUUACCUUCUGUGAAGAGGGAAAGUUGUUAUUGUUUUAUCCAAUAAUUCUCAAAAAGCAAAGACAAAAGAAAAUAUUAAAACAUAUUUGUACAGCAGAACUUUUUUAUUAUUAUUAUUCUUUCGUAUCAUCAUCAUCAUCAUCUUGAAGCAGUCGUGGGGAAUCACGGAGCUCACUCAGUGUUCAGAUUAAAAGAUGAGGAAUUUAACAGCGUUAUGAACUAAAAACAAAGAUCAUACAGAUACAGUGAGGACCAUUAUUGAGAGGCUACUGUAGCGUCACUGUAGCUGACGUCACGUGGCACGCAAGUAGUGAGACUGCAUGCUGCAACCCGUGCUGCCUGUGUAUUCUCUUCCUGUACUGCACAUGGCACACGGAUUGCGUAAGAGAAUAAGGAAGUACAUUCUGUAUUGUGCAUGAAGCUGGCACAGUGAAGAGACGCAGCAGUGAGCUUUGGUUUCUGUCGCUUAUAAGAAACCGUUUCAUAUUUACCUUGUAGAAUCAUUUUUAUUAUCGCAGUUUUUGUUUGACUACAGAACGACAAGUCGAACCAAAAAAAGAUCAUGGACCAGUUGAAAUCAGAGCAGGACCGACUCGGUACGUGGUUUUCAGGGUCACCCACACCUACACUGCUCGCUGAUAGUAACAGUGUUGUUAUCGCCAGAGAAAUCACAAAUGUAACUGCAAAUUCCCUCUCCACCAAGAUUGAAACAGGAAGUAGUCUGACUGGGAAUGCUGUUGGACCGGUUCUCCAAGCAGAUUACACUGCACAUAGAGGCAGUGUGAUCUGCGCUGAUAAAAUAUCCGGUGGCACUCUCGGUGAUAUAGAUCUAUCAGUGUCUGUGAAAACAUCACAAGUGUGUGCAGGAACAGUCGAUGAGAAGCUGCCAUCCUCUCAGGGUUCUGCUGUGAAAAUGAUCAUUGAGCACAAGGUGGAACUCAUUGCCUGCCUGAGGGCGGAUCUCUCCUUCAUUCUGCAGCAUGUGCAUGCCAGACAUAUCGUCACAGACAGACAAUAUCAGAAUCUGAAGCAUCUCUCACAGCCAGAAGAAACUGUUAUUAACCUGAUCGAUCAGGUGAUUGAUAAAGGUCAAGAAUACUGCUUGCGUUUUCUUGACGUUCUCAAAGACCCUGAUGUUCUCAGGACCUAUCCGCAGCUCAAAGACAUCACUAAAAAGUGGUGCUAAGCAGUAGUGGAAGCAAUGUAUGAGCUAUAAAUGGUAUGUUAUUGGAAAAAAAAAAAAUUGUAGGCUAAAUUUGGAAAAAUUGGUUGUGAAGAUAUAGUGAAUAAUGGUGAUGGUUUUAUUUUGUCUGUGUACUUUAUUUUGUAGGCUACAUUGGUGAUGUUAUCUUAUCUUAUUAGUCUGUUUAUUACCAAUACUGUAUGUACUGCUCCUAUUUUUA